AUGCGAGAUUUCAUAAGAUUGCCCGGGCCUACAGUUUUCCCCGCUGCGCCUGCUCCUCCUCCAGCGCCACCCUCCGCUCGAGCUCCGUUCGCGGCGAUGGGGAAAGAAAAGACGGUGGCUCUGGAGCGCGUGAAGAAGGCGACAGCGAAGGCCCUUACUGAAAUGUACUCAAUGCCUAACGGAGAGCAGGAGCAGGACCCGGAGGGGGAGGCAAGCGGAGGUGAAAGCGGUGAGUGGCAUUCCGACGGAGAGGGGAACGAGGAGAGCGACGACCCGAGUGACGAAGAAGAGGUCGACUCUCCUCCCCGCAGGGAAAGGCGAUCCAAACUUACUCACGACCCGGCGAGCGCCCGUGACAAGGCGACCGUUCAGACCGGGCAGUCGUCAAAGCGUCCUCGGACGUCCUCUCCGGCACCAACUGAAAAAGCUCCAAAGCAGUCCAAGGUUGUAGUGCAGAAGACUCGGAAGGCGCUACCGAGAAUCAAAAUUGACGUUCCUGUUGCUUCUGCUGCCGCUACCUCUGGGACCUCUGCUUAUAAGAACGAGGAUGAAGAAAUGGAAGAUGCGGUGACCUCCAAUCCGGCCCUCAACGUCAUUGACCUCCCCGACGACGACGAGGACGAGCCACAGAGGCCCUUGGGGAGAAGAAACAAGAAAACGUCCGCUGGCAAGACGCUUCAAUCGACACCGGUGGUGGAACCGAGAAACUGA